GAGUAUAGACGUGCAAGUCAUGUGUGACUGUGUAUAUAUGCAUUCCUUUGUGCCUCGAUACUGACGUAGAUGGUCUGGAUAUUGUUUUUUUCUGUCUGCUGCUGACGCUUCCUCUGACACUUCCUCUGCAGAAUUGGUCUGAUGGAGCAAAGGCACUCAGCACAGCUCGGUACAAAAAGGCAACAAUGCAACCAGUGUGCAUACAGCACGGAUCAUGUUAAAUAUCUGAUACAGCACCAGAGAACUCACACAGGAGAGAAACCCUUCAAGUGCAGUCUGUGCGGGAAGGCGUUUUUACAGUUAUCUGCUCUUGUAUUUCAUCAGAUAACUCACACGGGAGAGAAACUUUUCAGUUGCACUCUGUGUGAGAAGGCGUUUGCACAUUCACAACAUCUUAAAAUACACCAGAGAACACACACGGGAGAGAAACUCUUCAGGUGCAGUCUGUGCGGGAAGGCGUUUUCACAGUCAUCUGGUCUUGUAUCACACCAGAGAACACACACGGGAGAUAAACCCUUCAAGUGCAGUGUGUGUGGGAAGGCAUUUUCACAUAAAUCUACUCUUAAAAAACACCGGAUAACACACACAGGAGAAAAACCCUUCAGUUGCACUCUGUGUGAGAAGGCAUUUGCACAUUCACAACAUCUUAAAAUACACCAGAGAACUCACACGGGAGAGAAACCCUUCAGUUGCACUUUGUGUGGGAAGGCGUUUGCACAAUCAUCACAUCUUCAAGCACAUCAGAGAACACACACGGGAGAGAAACCCUUCAGUUGCACUCUGUGUGGGAAGGCGUUUGCACAGUCAUCACAUUUAACACAGCACCAGAGAACUCACACAGGAGAGAAACCCUUCAAGUGCACUGUGUGUGACAAGGCAUUUUCACAUUCAUCAGUUCUUAGGAACCACCAGAGAACACACACGGGAGAGAAACUCUUCAGGUGCAGUCUAUGCGGGAAGGCGUUUUCACAGUCAUCUGGUCUUGUAUCGCACCAGAGAACACACACGGGAGAUAAACCCUUCAAGUGCAGUGUGUGUGGGAAGGCAUUUUCAGAUAAAUCUCUUAAAAAACACCGGAUAACACACACAGGAGAAAAACCCUUCAAGUGCAGUCUGUGCGGGAAGGCGUUUUCACAGUCAUCUGCUCUUGUAUUACAUCAGAGAACUCACACAAGAGAGAAACCAUUCAGUUGCACUUUGUGUGGGAAGGCGUUUGCACAUUCACAACAUCUUAAAAUACACCAGAGAACACACACGGGAGAGAAACCCUUCAGUUGCACUCUAUGUGGGAAGGCGUUUGCACAAUCACUAUAUCUUAAAUUACACCAGAGAACACACACUGGAGAGAAACCCUUCAAGUGCACUGUGUGUGGGAAGGCGUUUGCACAUUCACAACAUCUUCAAUUACACCAGAGAACACACAUGGGAGAGAAACCCUUCAAGUGCACUGUGUGUGACAAGGCAUUUGCACAGUCAUCAGGUCUUCAUAGACACCAGAGAACACACACGGGAGAGAAACCCUUCAGUUGCACUCUGUGUGGGAAGGCGUUUGCACAGUCAUCAAUUCUUAAAAGACACCAGAGGACACACAAGCAUCAGAAGAUCCCCAAGAAAUGGAGUCUGAAAUUGGCUUGUGAAAGUCAAAGUGCUGCAAUGAGCCCAUCCCUCAUGAAACCAGAAGUGAAUCCCAGCUUGGACACGUUUAAAGGUAUCAAGGUGAAAUGUGAAGAGGCGAAGGUGAAAUGUGAAGAAGUGAUGAAGAGCGAAGAAGUGAAGGUGAAAUGUGAAGUGAUGGUGAAGAGCGAAAAAGUGACGGUAAACUGUGAAGAUGAAGAUUCAACUCCAAAAUCGUACCUUCACAUCGAUGGAGACAACGUGAAGCAGGAGGAGAAUUCUGACUGCGAGGCAGAGCUAGGCAACUCCCAGCAAAUUGGUUUGAUGGAACAAAGGCACUCAGCGCAGCUCGGUACAAAAAGGCAACAACGCGACCAGCGUGCAUACAGCACGGAUCGUGUUGGACAUUUAACACAGCACCAGAGAACUCACACAGGAGAGAAACCCUUCAAGUGCACUGUGUGUGACAAGGCAUUUUCACAUUCAUCAGUUCUUAGGAACCACCAGAGAACACACACGGGAGAGAAACUCUUCAGGUGCAGUCUAUGCGGGAAGGCGUUUUCACAGUCAUCUGGUCUUGUAUCGCACCAGAGAACACACACGGGAGAUAAACCCUUCAAGUGCAGUGUGUGUGGGAAGGCAUUUUCAGAUAAAUCUCUUAAAAAACACCGGAUAACACACACAGGAGAAAAACCCUUCAAGUGCAGUCUGUGCGGGAAGGCGUUUUCACAGUCAUCUGCUCUUGUAUUACAUCAGAGAACUCACACAAGAGAGAAACCAUUCAGUUGCACUUUGUGUGGGAAGGCGUUUGCACAUUCACAACAUCUUAAAAUACACCAGAGAACACACACGGGAGAGAAACCCUUCAGUUGCACUCUAUGUGGGAAGGCGUUUGCACAAUCACUAUAUCUUAAAUUACACCAGAGAACACACACUGGAGAGAAACCCUUCAAGUGCACUGUGUGUGGGAAGGCGUUUGCACAUUCACAACAUCUUCAAUUACACCAGAGAACACACAUGGGAGAGAAACCCUUCAAGUGCACUGUGUGUGACAAGGCAUUUGCACAGUCAUCAGGUCUUCAUAGACACCAGAGAACACACACGGGAGAGAAACCCUUCAGUUGCACUCUGUGUGGGAAGGCGUUUCGUGCAUACAGCACGGAUCGUGUUGGACAUUUAACACAGCACCAGAGAACUCACACAGGAGAGAAACCCUUCAAGUGCACUGUGUGUGACAAGGCAUUUUCACAUUCAUCAGUUCUUAGGAACCACCAGAGAACACACACGGGAGAGAAACUCUUCAGGUGCAGUCUAUGCGGGAAGGCGUUUUCACAGUCAUCUGGUCUUGUAUCGCACCAGAGAACACACACGGGAGAUAAACCCUUCAAGUGCAGUGUGUGUGGGAAGGCAUUUUCAGAUAAAUCUCUUAAAAAACACCGGAUAACACACACAGGAGAAAAACCCUUCAAGUGCAGUCUGUGCGGGAAGGCGUUUUCACAGUCAUCUGCUCUUGUAUUACAUCAGAGAACUCACACAAGAGAGAAACCAUUCAGUUGCACUUUGUGUGGGAAGGCGUUUGCACAUUCACAACAUCUUAAAAUACACCAGAGAACACACACGGGAGAGAAACCCUUCAGUUGCACUCUAUGUGGGAAGGCGUUUGCACAAUCACUAUAUCUUAAAUUACACCAGAGAACACACACUGGAGAGAAACCCUUCAAGUGCACUGUGUGUGGGAAGGCGUUUGCACAUUCACAACAUCUUCAAUUACACCAGAGAACACACAUGGGAGAGAAACCCUUCAAGUGCACUGUGUGUGACAAGGCAUUUGCACAGUCAUCAGGUCUUCAUAGACACCAGAGAACACACACGGGAGAGAAACCCUUCAGUUGCACUCUGUGUGGGAAGGCGUUUGCACAGUCAUCAAUUCUUAAAAGACACCAGAGGACACACAAAACUCGUACAGGAGAGAAACCCUUCAAGUGCAGUGUGUGUGAGAAGGCGUUUGCACUUUCAUCUCAUCUUGUAGCACACCAGAGAACACACACGGGAGAGAAACCCUUCAAAUGCAGUGUGUGUGGGAAGGCAUUUGCACGUUCAUCUUGUCUUGUAAUACACCAGAGAACACACACGGGAGAGAAACCCUUCAAGUGCAGUGUGUGUGGGAAGGCGUUUGCACAGUCAUCUACUCUUGCAAUGCACCAGAGAACACACACCGGAGAGAAAGCCUUCAAGUGCAGUGUGUGUGGGAAGGCAUUUGCACAUUCAUUUUCUCUUGUAGCACACCAGAGAACGCACACAGGAGAGAAACCCUUCAAAUGCAGUGUGUGUGGGAAGGCGUUUGCACAGUCAACUACUCUUGUAGAACACCAGAGAACACACACAGGAGAGAAACCUCUCAAGUGCAGUGUGUGUGGGAAGGCGUUUGCACAGUCAUCUACUCUUGCAAAACACCAGAUAACACACACGGCAAAGAACCCCUUCAAGUGCAGUGUGUGUGGGAAGGGGUUUGCACGCUCAUCUACUCUUGUAGACCACCAGAGAACACACACAGGAGAGAAACCCUUCAAGUGCAGUGUUUGUGGGAGGGCGUUUGCACUUUCAUCUCCUCUUGUAGCACACCAAAGAACACACACGGGAGAGAAACCCUUCAAAUGCAGUGUUUGUGGGAAGGCAUUUGCACAGUCAUCUACUCUUGGAAUACACCAGAGAACACACACGGGAGAGAAACCCUUCAAGUGCAGUGUGUGUGGGAAGGCGUUUGCACGUUCAACUCGUCUUGUAGCACACCAGAGAACACACACGGGAGAGAACCCCUUCAGGUGCACUCCUUGUGGGAAGACAUUUGCACUUUCAUCAAAUCUUCAUGCACACCAGAGAACACACAAGCAUCAGAAGAUCCAGAAGGAGUGGAGUCUGAAAUCGGCUUGUGAAAGUCAAAGUGCCGCAAUGAGCCCAUCCCUCAUUAAACAAGAACCGGAAGAAAAUCCCAGCUUAGACACUUUUAAAGGUAUCAAGGUGAAAUAUGAAGAGGUGAAGGUGAAAUGUGAAGAAGUGAUGGACAAGAGCGAAGAAGUGAAGGUAAAAUGUGAAGAUGAAGAUUUCACUCCAAAAUCAGACCUUCACAUCGAUAGAGGCAACGUGAAGCAGGAGGAGAAUUCUGACUGAGGCAGAGCGAGGCAACUCCCAGCAGUUUGUGGAAGUUGAGGUGUGGGUGGACUUCCUCUGAAACAAUACAAAGUCAAAUGGAGACCCGGUAGAUGUGUAGCUUGAGAUUGUCGCUCCAAUAGACGCACCUUUGUCACAGGCCUUUAAUGACAAGAAUGUGAAGUUGAACGCUCAAUUCCUCGGUUCAACCUGCAGGGCAAGAGCGGCCAGUCUUUGUGGACCUGUGGGUUGCGUAGAUCUCUAACCAGGAGUGAGAGCCAAUAGGCUCCCAAGCAUUCGAUAUGUAAUCAUAAUUGCAUUUACAUGGUGCUUGCUUAAUUGCCUCAGCAACUUGGAGUUUUGUAUCGUAUCUUGUCUCAAACACUCGAAGAGCAUCCCCAAGUAGCAGCUGCCCCUGUGUGGCACAAGGAGGUGGCCCUGCACCGGCCUGCAUGUGGACAAGAGCCUGUCAGUAGGGGGCGGUGGUUGAUGUGGCAUCUUAGUUGUGGAGUUUGUCGGUAAUGUUUUAGAAUUUGAUCAAUUUUGACCCAGACGUCAGAAUGCAAUGGCCUACUCGUUUUGAAUUACACUAUUAUGUUGUACAUUCACUUCGAUUUAAAGCUUUCGUGACUGCAGGGAUUCAUCUUCUUGGUUCUUUCGGUAAAGUCACGUAGAAGGGAAAUAAUAAAAUAAUAAAAAUACAGCAUAAUAAAAUAAUUCUCACGACGUUUCGGCUACAACGCAAGCAGCCAUCCUCGGGUGAAGAAUGAAACACCACCAAGCUUGGAGCGUAUAUUUAAGCUGGGUUGGAGGGGGAAGAAGAGCG